ACAGAGUGAUGGACUACAGCAUCCACAGAAAUGUCCUGCAUGAAGAAGCCGUGGAUGAGAUGGCAGAAAGGUCCAGGUCAAACAUUCAUCUGUGUGACCAGAUCAAACAGUCCAUGAGGUGUUCUGGCCCUCGACUCAAGAAAUGCAUACUGCACAAAGUCCCUAUCAUAAAAUGGCUGCCUCGCUAUUCUAUCAGAGACAACGCUGUUGGAGACUUGGUAGCUGGAGUCAGUACAGGGAUUAUGCAUAUAUCUCAGGGUAUAUCCUACGCCCUGAUUGCAUCCAUUCCAUCAGUCUACGGCCUUUACGCUUCCUUCUACCCCGUGCUCAUCUACACGAUAUUUGGUUCAUCCCGUCAUGUCUCAAUCGGCCCAUCUUCCGCUCUCAGUGUAAUGGUACGAGGACUGACGGAUCGGUUGGCCCCAGACUCAGACUUUAUGGUCUGGGACAAUGAGACCAACUCUAGUGUAGUGGACACCGACUCUCAGGACGAGCGGAGCACUCAGAUAAAUUCAGCCGUCACCAUCCUUGCAGGAAUAUUCCAGAUUUUUCUGGGUUUGAUUCACUUUGGAGUUGUGGUGUCUUUCCUCUCUGAUCCUCUGGUGCGAGGUUACAUCACAGCAGUUGGCUUCCAUACCAUUUUGUCCCAGUUAGGGAACAUCUUUGGUAUCCAGUAUGUGAAACACAGCGGACUAGUCGCAUUCAUAUAUAACCUGAUAGAAGUGUGUUACGUUCUACAACAGACUAACAUUGCAAAUUUGCUGGUUUUCAUCGUAACGUUUGUCUGCCUUCUCAUUGCUAAGAAGCUCAAUGAAUUGCUAAAUAGAAAAAUUACCAUUCCCCUUCCCCUUGAGCUGCUUGCUGUCAUCAUUUCUACAGUGAUCUCGUGGAAAUUUAACUUCAAGGAAACUUUUGACGUAAAAGUGGUGGGAAAAAUUCCUUCAGGCCUCCAGCCGCCCACAUUCCCACCUGCUUCCACGUUUGUUCAGGUGAUAGGUGACGCCUUUGCCAUUGCUGUGGUUAGCUUCGGCAUGUCCAUCUCAAUGGCGCAAAUGUUUGCCCUUAAAUUUGGCUACAAAGUGGACAGCAAUCAGGAACUGCUCGCUAUGGGUCUGUGUAACUUCAUUGGAGGAACGUUCCAAAGUUUGGCCGUCAGUGUUUCUGUGUCUCGCAGCAUGGUCCAGGUGAACACAGGAGGCAAAACGCAGCUCACUGGAAUUGUGUCCACAGCAGUCAUACUUGUCGUCUUGUUUUGGAUUGGGGUUCACCUCACAAAUCUGCCAAAGGCAGUGCUGUCGGCCAUCAUCUGUGUCAGCCUUAAAGGCACAGUAAAACAACUGAAGGACAUCCCUGAGCUGUGGAAGAAGGACAAGAUAGACAUGGCCAUCUGGCUGGUUAGCUUCAUCCUCACUGUUCUGUUGAACCCUGACAUGGGACUGUUUGCUUCUAUCGGCUUCUCAAUAGUCACAGUCGUCUUCAGGAGUCAGAAACCUAAAUACUCCUUACUAGGCCAAGUCAAAGACACUGACAUCUACAGGCCCCUGGAAGACUACGAUCAGGUGAAGCAGGUACCAGGGAUUGUGAUCUUCCGUUCCUCUGCCACGAUCUACUUUGCUAAUGCUGACAUGUACCAGGAUGCCUUGAGGAAGAAGUCUGGAAUCGAUGUAACAAAGAUCCUCAAUGCUAAGAUGAAACUAGAAGAAAAAAAAAAGAAACUUCAGAAGAAAAAUAAAAAGUCAAAACAAGGGGACAUGGAACCAGAGAAGGACAUCUCUGUCAUAGACCUGGACCCGGAGCCUUCACACACAUUUCCAAGAGCCAUCAUCCUGGACCUCAGCCUUGUCAGCUUCCUGGAUACGAUGGCAGUCAAAGCACUAAAAAAUAUUCACAGAGACUACGGGAAAAUUGGUAUAGAGGUGAUUCUUGCCUGCUGCCAACCACUGGUGGUGGACAGGCUGCAGAGGCUGGACUUCUUUAGUGACAAGGUGACAAAGUCCUGUGUGUUCUCCACCCUCCAUGAUGCUGUUUUGUACUGUCAGUCGCCCUAUGAGAGGGAAGAUGAGGUAAACUACUGCCCAAGCAUCAAAUAUACACUUUUCAGCACAUGUAAUACAGUGUAACAAACUACACGUGAAUGGACAGUAUCUGCCUAAACAUGUCUUCAAUCACUUGUUGUUGUUUGUUCUUUUGUAUUUUUCAGGUGACCCUAAUGACAAAGCUCUGACUCUUUUUGAGAG